UUAUCGGAUGGAGAGAGGAGAGGCGAGACGCUGACACUCUCGACAAGCAGGACGUAAUAAGCCUUAUCCACACUACGCAUCCAAACGAUCAAAUUUUCAAAGAGACUGAACAGGGCCAGACUUGGAAAAAUGGCUCUUUUUCUCUGCUCCAAUCCUCUCACCUCUAUCUCCUUCUCCUCAUCGUCCUUUUCGUCUUCAUUUUCGCAUUCAUCAACAGCAUCAUCAUCGGCCUUUCACAUCACUGCUACCUCAAUCUCCAGGUUGCACGUGAAACCAAUUGGUCUGCACCCAAAAUGUUUCAAAGGAACUGGUGUCAUUAAGAAGAUGAGUUCGAUAGUUGUCAAUGCUUCCUCUGCCAUUGAUGCAACGGCUGGUGAGCCUACUUCCGAUAGCAAGGAAGACGCUGAGAACAAGGAGGAGGUUGUGCCAGUUGACAAACUCCCUUUGGAGUCGAAGCUGCAAGAGAGGAUGGAGCAGAAGCUCAAGAUGAAAUUGGCAAAGAAGGUAAGGCUUAGGAGGAAUAGGCUUGUCCGAAAGAGGAGACUGCGGAAGAAGGGCCGGUGGCCCCCCUCAAAGAUGAAGAAGCUAAAGAAUGUCUGAAAUUUGCCCUAAGCUGAUUUUCAGGUUUUGUGCUGACUCUAAUGCUUUUUGGCGUAAUUUUAAUUUGCUUCUUGGAGCUUAGAUUGUACCAGUGUAUCUUAUUUGUUCAAAGGACUACAAUGGUUGUAACAUUUUCCCAAUUUGUUCUGAAGUCGAAUUGCCGAGGGUUUAAA